GCGGCUGGGUAGAAAAAAACUAACUGCGUAAAAGUCUUGUCAAGUGACGGAUGCUCAAAGUUUAGAAGUUUUCCAAUUCAGUCUGCCACCCCGCGGAAAGAAAGAGAAAAAGAAAGAGAAAAAAGUUUGGAGUUAAGCUCCCGUGCAGCUUGGAAAAGUUUGGAUUUCUAGCUCACUCUCUCUCCCCAUCGUGUCUGUCGCUGUGUGUGUGUGUGAGAGAGAGAGCGACGAUAUUUCAGCGGGGGAGGACCAGAAGCCAGCUUUGGAAGGCGGAAGGCAGCGAUGCAAGCUCGCUACUCGGUGUCGAGUCCCAACUCUCUGGGAGUUGUGCCUUAUAUCAGCGAUCAGAAUUACUACCGGGCUGGUCCGGGAUACACGGGAAUGCCGGCUCCAAUGAGUAUGUAUUCGCAUCCAGCCCACGAACAGUACGCUGCAGGCAUGGCCAGACCUUACGGACACUAUACACCGCAACCUCAGCCCAAGGACAUGGUGAAACCUCCGUAUAGUUACAUCGCCCUCAUUACUAUGGCCAUUCAGAAUGCACCGGACAAGAAGAUCACUCUGAACGGGAUCUAUCAGUUUAUCAUGGAGCGCUUCCCCUUCUACCGGGAGAACAAGCAGGGGUGGCAGAACAGCAUUCGACACAACCUCUCGCUCAACGAAUGUUUUGUCAAAGUGCCCCGAGAUGACAAGAAACCGGGCAAAGGCAGCUACUGGACGCUGGACCCGGACUCCUACAACAUGUUCGAGAACGGCAGUUUCUUGAGGAGGAGGAGGCGCUUCAAGAAAAAAGACGCCGUGCGGGAGAAGGAGGAGAAGGAUCGGCAGCCCAAGGACCCGCAGGCCAGGCAGCAAGCUCAGGAGUCGGAGAAACCCGCCAACUCUCAGCCCGUGAGGGUGCAGGAGAUUAAGACGGAGAACGGCGCCCCCUCCCCUCCCCUGGCGGCCUCUCCCACCCUGAGCAUGGUGCCGAAAAUCGAGAGUCCCGACAGCAGCAGCCUGUCCAGCGGCAGUCCCCACAGUAUCCCGUCCAACAGGUCCAUGAGCCUGGACAACGCUGAGCACCAUUCGCAGGCCUUCAGCGUGGAGAACAUGGUCACCUCGCUCAGGCGCUCGCCGCAGAACACCAGCGAGCUGAGUGCGAGCCUGGCCGCUUCCUCCAGGACAGGUAUAAGCCCUUCCAUCUCCCUCAGCUACACGUCCAGCCAGCCGUCCAUCUACAGCUCUUCCUGCAGUCAGAACAUGAGCCCCGGGGUAAGCGGCGGGGGUUGCGCUGCCACUUACCACUGCAACAUGCAGGCGAUGAGCCUCUACUCGGGCGAUAGAGCUGCCCACAUGUCAGCCGGCGUCGGAGCCGUGGACGAGACUUUACCAGACUAUUCCAUCCCCACCACCACCGUGCCUUCCUCCUUAACCCACGGGCUGAGCAACGGCCAGGAGGGACCUGGAGCCGGGCGCCUGGCCACUUGGUACCUCAAUCAGGCCAGUGAUCUAAGUCAUCUGGCCGGCAGCGCCUACCCGGGUCAGCAACAGAACUUCCAUGCGGUCCGAGAGAUGUUUGAAUCGCAGAGGAUCGGCCUGGGCAACUCCGCCGUCAGUUCUGCACAUGUCAAUGGAAAUAGCAGCUGCCAAAUGUCCUUUCCUGCGGCCCAGACUCUUUACCGCACUUCAGGUUCGUUUAUCCACGACUGCAGCAAGUACUGACAAAAAACGUUUACAAACUAAUUUUGUUUUUGUUUCUUUAAUACACGAGCAACAACACAAGCCUGGGUUUUAUAUAUCUAUUUCAUAUAUGUAUAUGAACAGAAAACAAAUUCAAUUUGAAAUUUGAGUAAAAGGAAAGUGUUACUCCAAAUGAAACGUAAGUCGCCUUUAUUUUGGGGGAGAAAUAUUAAAAAAGUGUGUGUCAAAUCUAUUAAAAUUCAUAGCAAGCUACUUGAACUUGUUAUAAAUUGUCUUAUAGUAAUUUAUUUUAAAUUUGUAGUAGGAUAUUCCUUUUGAAACAUGGACCAAACUCUCUAAAAUGUUCUCUGCUAACUCGAAAAACUCCCUCAAAUGUUUUAUUUUCUUCUCGAUGUUACACCUUCCACUAUAAAAAGGGAAACUGUAUAAUUAUGCGAUUUUCUUCUUUCUCCUUUUGUUGAAAGUAUUCUGAAGGCAUUGCAUUGUUUGUUUCAUAAAUAAAUGACGAUUCUAUUCGAGUGCUAA